CUGGCGAAAGCUGCAUGUAAGGCCUGGUUGACGGGUCAGCGUCCCGGACUGACUUUCGAGGGUAAGCUGCUGGGAAACUGAUGAAGAAACACCUCCUACUACUUUUCAAGUACAGGGGAUUAGUCAGAAAAGGGAAAAAGAGUAAAAGACGAAAAUGGCCAAGUAUAUAUUACGGAAGGCUGAACCCAAGGACGUCUCUGACAUACUGCGACUCAUAAAGGAACUUGCUAAAUAUGAAGAAAUGGAAGAUCAAGUGAUCUUGACUGAAAAGGAACUACUAGAAGAUGGAUUUGGUGACCACCCUUUCUACCACUGCAUUGUUGCUGAAGUGCCAAAGGAGCCUCAGUCCAUUGAGGGGUACACUGUCGUUGGCUUUGCAAUGUACUAUUUCACAUAUGAUCCUUGGAUUGGAAAACUCCUGUAUCUGGAAGACUUCUAUGUCAUGAAGGAAUACAGAGGUUAUGGAAUAGGUUCAGAAAUCUUCAAGAAGUUGAGCCACACUGCAGUAAAAACUCGGUGCAGUGGUAUGCACUUCAUAGUUGCAGAAUGGAACACUCCAUCCAUCGAGUUCUACAAGCGGCGCGGUGCUUCGGACUUGUCAUCGCAGGAAGGAUGGCGCCUUUUUGAGAUUGACAAGGAAUUCUUAGUGAAAAUGUCAAAAGAGUAAAAGUGCAUAUCAUGGGAAUGCAGAUUUUGAAAUAUUUUAUCCUCAUAAUGAACAUGUGUUCAAAGAUCAUUCUUGCUUAGUAUACUGUAAAAGUGGUGCUUUUAAUUAGAUGAUCUUAAACGUUUCUGCUUAAUUAUGUAUUUUGUAAUUUCAUGUAAAUGUGUAAUAUUUCUAUUUAUAUUAAACCUUGAAAGUUA